AUGCUUGUACUUUGGACAAAGGCAAAGGCAUUGACAGGGGUCACAAGAAACCCUCUCAAACUUUACCAAAGGCAACUAUCAAUUAUGCCUGCUGCAGAUGUUUCCAAAACACCCGAUAAGUCUCACCAACUCCUCCUCCAACUGCCAAAGACUAAAAUGCUGGCUUUGCAACCAAAACACUCAUCAAUGAAAGUGGCAAUCUGUGCGUCUUCAAUAGGGGCUGCUAUGCCCCAGCCAAUCUUGAAUGCUAUUGAUAUAUCAGAAAUUGCUCACUAUACUGAGGACUUUCAAAUUCGAAUCCAUCACUUCGUCAAUUUUGCCAGCGAUGCAGUCAAUAUCUACUCCAUUUCCAAAUUACCAAGGCACUUCACUUGGGGCCCAGAACGCGCUAUUGUAGGCCACAUUUUGAAAGUAUGGUUUACUUACGACAAUGAACCGGAUAGGAAAGCUACUGUUGGUGUAGUUCCCCUCUCAUCAGAGACAGCAGACAAAGUCACAACAAUAUUAUUCAAUCUUUCUGCGAUGGACGAUCUUGUUGACAAAGGACUAAAAGACAUCAAAGCAAUAAAAUGGCAAAGUAGACUUGUCAGAGGACAAAAUUUGCCCGUCAGAGAUCUUGUCCUGAUGGAAGUCAACAUUGUACAUUAUAAAAUAAAGACAGAUGAAAGACAGAAGGCUCUCAACCGCUGGGUGGUGUAUUGGACCCACCUUGAAUUCAUGAGACUAUCUUUACUCUAUUGUAGCAACACAACACAAGAGAACGCGGAAGAGGACGAAAGUGUUAUCCCAGAAUUUGUUUUGUAA